AUGCGUCCUCGUGGUCUUCGGUUCAAUCUCAAAAACUACGUCGACGCCUCGAUGGCGAGCCUAGACCCUCAAACUCCCCGGUCCGGUAAAUUCCAACCCUGGGGCCAAGACGAUGUGCCCAUCAUCGACUCGCGAGAGAGCUUUUCCGAUGUCGUCUUCAAGCUGUCUUCCUACAUUGCCAAAGCCAUCGACGCCGCCUACACUUACGAACAGCUGCGCACCACCAGUGCUGGACAAUCGUUGAAACCCCUGAUUGCGUAUUUAAGUGGAGACUGCCACCAUCCCGCCAUCGUGGCUGCAUUGCUGGCGGCGAGGUAUCUCUUCACCAACGCCGACGCUGACGCAGACAGCGCGUUGAACGAGUCCAGAGCCCUUGCCUGUGAGCUCGUGGCGUGGCAAUUUCUGACCUUCUUGUCGGAGAAGGAGCUGAUCGAUUACCUUCUAUACGAACUGCCCCAGGAUCCGGACGACAAUGCACGGCAAUCCCCCUCCGACUCUCCUGCUAACACCCAUGGCGCGAGGGGCAGUCGUCGUCACCUCGAUGACGACCUCGCAGACGAAACUUCGCCCCUCAUAAAUGCCCGGUCCGCCGAACACGGUACGGUUUUGCGGCCUCCCAAACGCGCCUCCUUCGACCACAUCCCGGGCGCUGGCACAUCAAGCACGUUCCCGGGUGACGAGGACGACGCGUCGCGGAGAGCCAACCUAGACGAAUCCAUGGCGGGCAUGAAUUCCCUGGAAAUCGCUGCCAUCGCCGACGCAAAGAAGUUCCUCUCGCAGAACCCUGUGCAGAAGAUCGUUGAGGACAUCUGGAAUGGCGACGUCAUCUUUUGGGAGAGUCUUUCGGUGCAGGCCGUCAAGAAACCCCGAGUUUACAACAAGCGAGUGGCCGAUCCGUUUACCCGCCUGAGGGUGCCCAAGUACCAAAAGGCGUUUCAAAUUAGCUUCUUCCUCGCCUUUCUGGCGCUGUAUUAUGCUGUUCUGGUGGAGCGAGAUCCAAGCCACAUUACAGCCACAGAAACAGUGUUGUAUAUUUGGAUCGCCGCUUUUGCCUAUGAUGAAUUGGGCGAGAUCAAAGAUGCGGGCCUCAUGUUCUAUCAGACCGACUUUUGGAGUUUGUGGGAUAUUGCCAUUAUCGGCGUCAGUGCGGCUUUUGUUCUUACACGGAUCAUCGGUCUCAUCAGAGAUAGCGACUAUAUCAUCGAUGUUGCAUUUGACAUCUUGUCCAUGGUGGCACUGUUCCUCGUGCCAAGGAUAUUCUCGGUUAUGAGCCUAAACCCAUACUUUGGAAGCCUGAUACCAGUCUUGAAGGAGAUGACAAAAGCAUUUUGCAAAUUUUUGCCCGUGAUUGUGGUGCUAUAUCUCGGAUUUUUGACUACUUUCACUAUGCUGGCGAGAGAUCGGAUGACCCUGAACGAAAUGUCAUGGCUCUUGAUCAAGGUGUUCUUUGGGUCAAGCUAUCUCGGGUUCGACAUGGCUGUCAAGAUCUCGCCGUUAUUUGGAUAUACUUUGAUGCUGAUUUUCGUCUGCUUGACCAAUAUUCUCCUCAUCACUUCGCUGGUGUCCUUGGUAUCCAAUUCACUUACAGAGGUCAUGGCCCACGCGCGGGAGGAAUAUCUCUUCCAAUACUCGAUCUAUGUUCUCGAGAGCAGCACUUCCCGCCGGCUAACCUAUUUCAUGCCGCCGCUCAACCUGUUCCCUCUGAUCGUGCUGCGGCCACUGCGGCUUGUCUUACCCUCAGAGGAAGUCCGUCGAAUUCGGAUCUUUGUCCUCAAAGCCACCCACGUCCCCUUCGUGGCGCUGAUCUGGGCGUACGAGAACUCUAGGACCAUGAUCUCUCGCGCUCAUCCCACAAUUUCUCGCGCGCCCCACUUGACCAGCCGUCCGCUAAGUGCUGGCCGGCUCAGUCUCGAGGGCACCCGAGAUUUUGUCAAGUCACCAACGACGCGGCGAGCGCUUAAUGAGACAUCUUCGACUGUCACGCCCGAUAUGGCUGCGUCCACCACCAAGUCUGCCUUGGGCACAGCUGACAGCGCAGAAUUGAUUGCUUUGGUCCAGAAGUUGAGUGAGCAGGUCGACGGGCUGACCGCAAUGGUCGCUGGUCAGAAAAAGGACUGA